AUGACUUCCACCUCCUCCAAGGAUGAGGCCACCGCCUCUCUCAUCCAGCAGUCAUUCAAACCCUCAGACAACCCAGAAACCGCCAGCAUCCAGGCCGUAGUCGACAAGCUCGGCCUCAGCCCACACAUCGAGGGCGGCUACUACAAAGUCACAGACGUCUCCCCCAGCACCAUCCCGUCCCCGUACCCGCCCACCCCGCGCUCAAAGGAGACCCUCGCCCUGGCCGGCACCUCCGAGGCCGAGAGCGACGCCUCGGUCCGCCUCAUGUCCACGACCAUCUUCUACUACCUCACCCCGAACCGGCCCCAGGGCACCUUCCACGCCAACCGGAGCCGCAUCAUCCACACCCUCCACCACGGCCGCGGGCGCUACGUCCUCAUACACCCGGACGGGCGCCUGGAGACCUUCGUCGUCGGGCCCGACAUCGCGGCCGGCGAGAGGCUGUCCUGGGUGGUCGAGGGCGGGGUGUGGAAGGCCAGCUUCCUCCUCCCCAGCGAGGAGGCGGAGGAGGAGGGGCUCCUCAUCUCCGAGACCGUCGUGCCUGGUUUCGAUUACCUGGACCACGAGUUCCUCACGCCGGAAGCUUUCAGUGACCUGCUUCCUGAGGAGACGGCCUCCAAGUUGGAGUGGUUAGUGAGGGAGCAGGAGGAGAAGACGAUCCAAGCCGAUAGUCUCGAAGCUGGUGGUUCUAUGGGGAACAACAUAACCCCACGACUAUCCCAAGUCAGUUCUUAA